CAUCGACAAAAUCAUGAAUCGCUCAUGUUCGUAAAACUUGUCACUACUACACACGCUGUGUUACGUCACCAGUUGUAUAUAUUUGAGGUCGCGGUAAUAGUCGCGUCACAGACCCUCACUGAGAUAAAGUUUGAGGCAAGUGCAAGUUUCAUACACAGUUCACAGCAGUAGGUUCUCUUACACUUCGUUUCUCCGCGGUCAGCCUAUAUCUAGCAUGGCCAGCCCUAGCCCUAGCAUCCCGGACAUCCUCGCACGUAAGAGGGACGGUCAGGAGCUGACCCAGGAGGAGAUCCAGGCCUUUGUGAACGCGGUGGUCAAUGACGGCGCCCAGAAAGAGCAGAUAGGGGCAUGGCUGAUGGCCGUUUUCAUUCGCGGGCUGUCCGAGCGAGAGACCGUCGACUUGACGGCCGCCAUGAUGAGGUCAGGAGAGUGCUUGUCGUGGCCGGCGGCCUGGGAUGGUCUCGUCGUCGACAAGCACAGCACUGGAGGCGUGGGCGACAAGGUCAGCCUCGUUCUGGCGCCUGCUCUCGCUGCCUGCGGAAUGAAGGUUCCAAUGAUCUCUGGGCGAGGACUGGAGCACACGGGUGGCACCUUGGAUAAAUUAGAGGCCAUCCCACAAUUCAACGUAUCCAUGACGGCCGAGCGCAUGCAAGAAGUCAUGAAUACAGUUGGAUGUUGCAUUGUGGGACAAACCGACGACUUGGUGCCCGCUGACAAAAUUCUUUAUGCCACUCGUGAUGUCACGGGGACUGUUGCUCAGGAUGGACUCAUUACUGGUUCCAUAAUUUCCAAGAAGGCAGCAGAAGGCGUGGGGCUCGUUCUGGAUGUCAAGUUUGGUAGCGGUGCCUUCAUGGCCGACCCUGAGAGAGCCGAGCAGCUUGCCAGGACGAUGGUCGAUGUAGGAAGCGGGCUGGGCAUCAAAACAGCCGCCGUCCUGUCCUCUAUGGAGAAUCUUGGUCCCGUGGGUCAUGCCGUUGAGGUCAGCGAGGCCGUGAACUGCUUGAAAGGUCAGGGGCCGGACGAUCUUCAACAUCUUGUGGCGGAGCUCGGAGGAUUAGUGCUCCACCUAGCAAAUCAAGUUCCUUCAAAAGAAGAAGGCAUUCAGCGGAUCGUCGGCGUCAUCAACGAUGGCAGCGCGCUGACAAAGUUCCGGGAGAUGAUAUAUCAAGGGGUAGAGAUGAGGUGGCUGCUCAGUUGUGUGAUGAUCCUUGGAGUGUGCUGCCGAGAGCACCCAACACGAUCGAGCUUAGGUGUCGGAAAGCUGGCUUCAUUCACCGCAUCGAGGCCAUGCCGUGUGCUAAGAGCGGCCUUCAUGUUGGGUGCGGGGCGCAAAAAAGCGGGGGACGCCAUUGAUCUGACCAUCGGACUUGAGCUGCUGAAGACAUUCGGCGAUGAGGUCAAUGGGGAUCCGUGGAUAAGGAUACAUUGCUCCAGAACACCUGUGCCAGAAGAAAGUUGUGAGGAUGCUUCAAGAAGCACUUGACAUAAGGGCACAGCCUCCUGGACCCAGACAACUCAUUCACGAUACAAUUUUGCCCGAUAACAAC